UGCCUUGUCGAGGGCCAGAGUUCCCACCCCUUUCCUGCCCCCCUCCCCAUACCGCGCCCUGCUUUCUCCCGCCUCCCCGGCUGCUCCCACAGUCGGGCUCAGGCUCAGUUCGGACACCUUGGCCCCUUUGCCCCAGCUUCAGGACCCUGUAUCCCCAACUUCCCCAGAGACCUAACCCUAGGCAGACAAGAGAGCCGAAGCCUGAAGCAGAUGAGGAAACUGAAGCUUAGAAAAUUUAAGUGACUUAUCGAAGGUCAUACGGUGAAGUUUUCAGAUCCUCAGGUGGCCCCAUGCUGUCCAGGACACUGCCACCACUGUCUGUUCUCUUCCUCCUCCUGCCCGGACUGGGCAGCACUCUCAACUCUAAUGAUCCCAAUGUCUGCAGCUACUGGGAAAGCUUCACCACUACAAUGAAGGAAUCCUACUCUCAUCCCUACACCCAACCCCCCACUGAACCCUGCAAUCAGCUUUGGGGUCAUGAUCGUUCCUGUCCUCAGCCAAAGAUUGUGUACCGCACAGCUUAUCGCCAGGCCGUGAAGGUGAACCACCGGAGGCGCCUGCGAUGCUGCCAGGGCUACUAUGAGAGCAGCGGGGCUUGCGUCCCCCUGUGUUCUCAGGAGUGUGUUCAUGGCCGGUGCAUUGCUCCAAAUCAAUGUCAGUGUGAGAACGGAUGGAGGGGGGAUGACUGCUCUUCCUCUUGCCCAUUGCAGCUGUGGGGCAAAAACUGUGAAAAUGUCUGUGAAUGUGGCAACAACAGCACUUGUGACCCCAAGACUGGAGCUUGUGUCUGUCCUCCGGGCUUCCAGCCUCCCCGAUGCUUCCAGCGCUGCCCACCUGGUUUCUAUGGCCCUGACUGCCUGGCCCAGUGUCAUUGCCAUGGAGCCUCCUGUGAUUUCCAGACAGGGGCCUGUGACUGCCCUGCCAAUAGCACCGGACCCAGUUGUGAGAUAUCCUGUCAUCUGGACACAGUUGACUUUUCCUGCCCUAGAAGCCAUCCCUGCCAAAAUGGGGGUAUCUACAACUCUGACCAGAACUGCACCUGCCCCCCAGGCUGGAUGGGUUCCAUUUGUUCCUUACCAUGCCCAGAAGGCCGCUAUGGAAGGGGCUGCACCCAGGAGUGUCACUGUCAUAACGGUGGCCAAUGCGACCCCAUCCUCGGUCACUGUCACUGCGCUCCAGGAUACACCGGAGACAGGUGCCGCGAGGAGUGCCCCGUGAAUCGCUUCGGCCAAGACUGUGCGGAGACUUGCGAUUGCGCCCCCGGGGCCCGCUGCUACGCCGUGGACGGGGCGUGUCUGUGCGAGGACGGCUUCACCGGGGAUCGCUGCGCCGAGCGCCUCUGCCCCGACGGCAGCUACGGCCUCGCCUGCGAAGCGUCCUGCACCUGCCACCCAGAGCACAGCCUCAGCUGCCAUCCUAUGAGCGGCGAGUGCUCCUGCAGGCCGGGCUGGGCUGGCCUGCAUUGCAACGAGAGCUGUCCCCCUGGCACGCAUGGACCUGGCUGUCGGGAACCUUGCCUUUGCCUCCAUGGAGGCACCUGCCAGGCGGAAAGUGGCAACUGCCUUUGUCCCCCCGGUUACACAGGUCCUCACUGUUCCAAUCUCUGCCCUCUGGACACAUUCGGGGUCAACUGCUCCCAAAGCUGUUCCUGUGUGCACGCUCUCACUUGUUCCCCAGUUGACGGUACCUGCAACUGCAAGGAAGGAUGGCAGAAAGGCAACUGCUCCGUGCCUUGCCCUGAGGGCACCUGGGGAUUUGGCUGCAAUGCCAGCUGCCAGUGUGCCCAUGGGGCUGCCUGUAGUCCACAGACAGGAGCUUGCUCCUGCACCCCUGGUUGGCGUGGUGAUCGAUGCCAGCUUCCCUGCCUGAAAGGGCAGUUUGGACCAGGCUGUGCCAGUCACUGUGAUUGCAAACAUGCAGAUGGCUGUGAUCCUAUUCAUGGGCAUUGCCAAUGCCGACCUGGAUGGACAGGGCUCCACUGUGACCUUCCAUGCCCUGAGGGUUUCUGGGGACCCCACUGCAAUAACUCUUGUACUUGCAAGAAUGGGGGGACCUGCAUACCUGAGAAUGGGAGCUGCAUCUGUGUACCAGGUUACCGGGGUCCUUCUUGCCAGAGAACCUGCCAGCCUGGUCGAUAUGGCAAACGCUGUGCUCCCUGCAAAUGUGCCAACCACUCCUCCUGCAACCCCAUCGAUGGCAGCUGCCACUGCCAUGCUGGGUGGACUGGUCCUGAUUGUUCCCAGCCAUGCCCUUUAGGAUACUGGGGUAACAAUUGUGCUCAUCUCUGCCAGUGCCACAAUAAUGGGCGCUGCCAACCUCAGGAGGGAACCUGCAUCUGUCCACCAGGCUGGACUGGACAUCUCUGCUCUGAAGGUUGUCCUCCAGGUAUGUUUGGUGCUAACUGUUCUCACCUGUGCCAGUGUGGGCCUGAGGGCCAAUGCCAUGCUGAAACAGGGGCUUGUAUAUGUCCACCAGGACAUAGUGGUGCCCCCUGCAAAAUUGGGAACGCUGAUCAGCCCUUCACCAUGGUGCCCACCCUGCCAGUGACCUAUGACUCACUGGGUGCAGUGAUUGGCAUUGCAGUGCUGGGAGCCCUGGUCGUGGCACUGGUAGCACUGUUCAUUGGGUACCGACACUGGCAGAAAGGCAAAGCUCACCAGCACCUGGCCGUAGCCUACAGCAGUGGGCGCCUGGAUGGCUCCGAAUAUGUCAUCCCAGAUAUCCCGCCAAGCUACAGUCACUAUUACUCCAACCCCAGCUACCACACAUUGUCCCAGUGUUCUCCCACUCCCCCGCCCCCCAACAAGGUGCCAGGUACUCAGCUCUUUGCUAGCCUCCAGGCCCCGGAUCGCCCUGGUGCUUAUGGGCAAGACAUUCAUGCUACGCUGCCUGCUGACUGGAAGCACCACAAGGAGUUCCCCCCGGGACACUGGGAAAGGGGGAGAAGCCUAUUGGAUCGUUACAGCUACAGCUCUGGGAAUGGAGUAGGGCACCUCUAUGGUAAAGGGCCCAUCCCGGAAGAGGGGAUGGGGGCCAGCAGAAGCUCCUUGUGCAGCGAGAACCCCUAUGCUACCAUCAGGGACCUGCCCAGCCUGCUGGGGCCCCACGGCGAGGGCAGCUACAUGGAAAUGAAAGGGUCCCCAGGGGCCGCGGCCGAGGCCCUGAGGGAGCCCAGCCCACCGCGCAGGCAGGCGCCCCAGCCCCGGAGGAGUCAAAGGCUUCGAAGACCCGACAGCCAGCGGGACAGCGGCACCUACGAGCAGCCCAACCCCCCAGCCCCUGACUCCGCCUCCAGGGGCGCGCAGCCUCCCGUCCCACCAGGCCUUCCCCCGGGCCAUUAUGAUUCCCCUAAGAACAGCCACAUCCCGGGACACUAUGACUUGCCGCCUGUCCGACAUCCUCCCUCACCCCCGAGGCUUCGCCAGGAUCGUUGAAGGGAUGGGAUGGGAAGGAUCGGAGAGAGCGCUCCGGACGCGGCCGGGCCCUGGGACUGCGAAAGGCCCUGACCCGCGGCACACACACCUCCCCUCCUCCUCCGUGGGCCAUUCCGGGGAGAGCGUUCCCGGAGGGAAGGCGGCUCGGAGAAGCCUCCCCCGCCCCCCUCCCCCCCCGGAGGCAGCCCUCGGUGACGGGAGAGAAAGAGCGCGGGGAGCCGGGUUCCCUGGCUCCCGGAGGGCGAGGGCAACCACCCCCGGGCCGGACGGCGGGAUGCCCGCGCUAUCUCCCGCUCUGCUGCUGCUCCCUCCCCGCCCCCAGCGUGGGAUUCCCCGGUGGGGAACCCUGCCCCUGUCUGUAAAUAAAAGGUGUUGUUGGAUUCCUCGUG